AUGUCGGCGUUCAACGGGAAAGCCCCGUACGCCCCCGACUAUGCCUCCUACAACUGGAUUGGUGCUCCCGCCGACUAUAGCCUUUCCACCAACGCCGACUUGGGCGGUGAUUCCCGCACCGAAAAUGUCAACAAAUGGUUCCAGUCUGGCGACCAGGCCUAUAUCAUCGUCUCUUCUGCCAUGGUCAUGGUCAUGAUCCCCGGUCUCGGUUUCCUGUACUCUGGUCUCGCUCGUCGCAAGUCCGCUCUCAGUAUGAUCUGGGCCUGUAUGGCUUCGUUCUCGGUCGUCACUUUCCAAUGGUAUUUCUGGGGUUACUCGCUUGCUUUUUCCACCACCGCGACAAACGGCUACAUCGGCAAUCUACGCAACUUCGGUCUUAUGAAAACCCUUGCUGAUCCCAGUCCCGGCUCACCCUUGAUUCCUGGCCUCCUGUUCGCCUUUUACGAAAUGCAAUUCUUAGGUGUAACUGCUGCUAUCGUCAUGGGUGCCGUCGCUGAGCGCGGUCGCCUUCUUCCCGCCAUGGUCUUCACCUUCAUCUGGGCCACGAUCGUCUAUUGUCCGCUCGCCUGCUGGGCUUGGAACUCCAACGGCUGGGCCUACAAAUACGGCGUUAUGGAUUAUGCCGGCGGCGGGCCCGUCGAAAUUGGAUCCGGUUUCACUGCUCUCGCCUACUCGAUGGUCCUGGGCCGUCGUCAAGAACGCAUGAUGCUUAAUUUUCGCCCACACAACGUCUCUCUCAUCCUCCUCGGUACCGUCUUCCUCUGGUUCGGCUGGCUGGGCUUCAACGGUGGUUCUGCCUUUGGUGCCAACCUUCGCGCUACAAUGGCUUCCUGGAACACGAAUUUGACUGCCGCCUUCGCCGCUAUUACUUGGGUUCUGCUUGAUUGGCGCCUCGCCAGAAAGUGGUCGAUGGUCGGCUGGUGUUCCGGCACUAUCUCGGGUCUUGUUGCUGCCACUCCUGCGUCUGGGUUCAUCUCCCCUUGGGCUAGUGUUAUUUUGGGUGUCGUCACCGGCAUCGUGUGCAAUUACGCAACCAAGAUCAAGUACUGGAUUCGCAUCGAUGACUCUAUGGAUGUUCUCGCUGAGCACGGUAUCGCCGGUAUUGUCGGACUCAUCUUCAACGGUUUCUUCGGUGACGACGCUAUUGUCGGCUUGGAUGGUGUCAACACUGGCAGCGGUACCGGUGGCUGGGUCAUCCACAACUAUAAACAACUCUAUAUCCAAAUCGCCUAUAUUGUCGCAACAGCCGCCUAUUCCUUCAUCAUGUCUGCCAUCAUCGCUUAUACCAUCAACGCCAUCCCCGGCCUUAACCUGCGUGCUUCGGAAGAGGCUGAGCUUCUCGGUAUGGACGAUGACCAGCUCGGCGAGUUCGCCUACGACUACGUUGAGGUUCGCCGCGACUACCUUGCCUGGACCCCCCAGGCCAAGGAUCAAUACGAAGAUGGUCACCACAUCCCCGCCAACGAGCGCUACGGUAUUGGCGAGCAUUCGGAGAUGAUGCUUGAGGGCCAACCGCCCAUUAUGGGCAUGAACAUGGCAAUGGGCGAGAUCAGCCAAAGCUCUCGCGGAGGCAGCGAGGGUGACAUGGCGAUCCAAGAAGUCAAGAUGGCGCCAGCUCCUAGACAGGUCGCCGAGUCGCACCCCCCCUGA